CGCAGGGCUGCAUAAUACGUUCCCGAUUCGACUCUCGGGCAAUCACUUUUUCCCAGCCAAGACAACAAAUUGUGUACACCGUCUAACUGGAGGAGCGAAAAAGAUGUCGAAGGUGGACCAGGACCCGAACGCCUCGCUGAGCAUAAUGGAGCAAAUCAAGCAGCUCAUCCGGCCGCCGCCCAACGAGGACGAUAAGCUGGUGCAGCGGACGACGAACACGAAGCAUCCGUACUACAGGCGGCCGGGCAGGGGUCACAACCACGACUACUGCGAUUCCUGUGAAGAAGGCGGCAAUCUUUUGUGCUGCGAUCGGUGCCCCUCCAGCUUCCAUCUGCAGUGCCAUGAUCCGCCUCUAAGCGAGGAGGACAUACCUAGUGGCCAGUGGCUGUGCCACAGCUGUCUCAUGACGAAGGUAUCGCAACCCCCGGCAUCCUCCUCCUCGAAGGCCAGUUCCGUGGAGCGUGUACCGUCGGCGGGCAGCAACUCCAGGGCCAAUACGCCUUCGUCCGGCGAUCUGGAGUCCAUACCGCUGAAGAUACGGAAUUUAAGAAAACGGAGCAGCAGUGAACGGAAUAGCACCGAGAAACUGCUGGCCAAGAUGCCGCUGGCCAUACAGCGGGCCCUGGAUCCCAACAAGAAGCCGACACCGCUGGACGACAUUAUACGGGCGGCCAGUAUGCUCAAUCCGCAACAAUUCUCGCUGCCGCCGGAACUGGAGCUGCACACCCAGUUCCCGGGCAAUGGCAAGGUGCAGCCCGUCCAGCAGCCCGUCCCGUCGACGGGCAAUGGCGGGCACCGCAAGUGCGCGGGUAACCAGCGCAGGAACUCGAAGCCCUUCGAACUGGACGCCCAGGGAUUGGUGCCGCUGCCCGCCAAGACCUGCUUUUACUGCUCGCGGUCGUGCAAGAGGGCACCGCUCAUUUCCUGUGACUACUGUCCGCUGUACUAUCACCAGGAUUGCCUGGAUCCGCCGCUGACGGCCCUGCCGGCAGGCCUGUGGAUGUGCCCCAAUCAUGUCGAGAACUUUAUCCAGGACGCCAAUAUGACCAACAGCAUCUCGGCGACGGAACGGGUGCGCCUGUGGAAUCGAUUCCACCAGCCGCUUGACCAUGAGAACGUGAAACUGGAGUUCUUCCGGCGGGUCCACACCCGCCAUCCACCCUUCCGCACCAAGAGCAGUUUGCGUGCCCGGGCCCACAUCGAGGUGCCGGCCAUGGUGCGUUACCACUACGAGCAUCCGCCGGCCCUGCUGCCGUCGAUGCGCCAGACGCUGAGGUACGAUCGUGUCAAGCGGCGCAAGAACCUGCCCACGGCCGUUGAGGAGAUAUCCCGGGAGACGGUCACCGAAUCGCUGCUGAAGGACCUCGAAGCGUUGCGCUCCGCACGGGCCAAGUUCCGUGAGCUUCAACGGGAGUAUGGCACCGUGGAGACAGCCGUGGAGGGAGACAGUGACAGCGAGGAUACUAGCCCGGAGGAAGGUACCGAAGGUGCCGAGCCGAAUAAGGUAAACGGUGCAGGACCUGGAGUAGCCGGCGGGCUGGAGACGGAGAAUGCCAAGACCGAGCCAGAUGGCGGCGAUCUGCCCUCGGUCAUCAAGGUGGAGUCGAAGGCCAGUCUGGAGCUAGACAUUACAUUUGAGGAUGAGGAGGAGGAUAGCAAGGUGGGCAUCAUUGAUGCGGACCUCUGUCACCUGGACGUGGAUAUUAUUAAGAAGCUGGCCCAUCAGCGUCUGCUGCAGUUGGUCCAAGAGUACCCGGAGAUUGUAACGCAGUACAAGAACCGAACGGCCGCUCGACGUCUGCGCCAACUAACAGCUGCAGAAGGAUCAGGAGGAACGGAAGCACUGCAAAGCCAGCUAGCACCGGAGGAUAUGAAUCGCUUCUCGCUGCUCUUCACCAGCGAAACGUCCUCGAUACUAGCCCAGAAGAAUGGUAAUGCCGCCGACGAGGAUCCAGCAAUGGCGCUGCAUCCUGCACUGGCCACAGCGGCCGCCAUUGCCGCAGCGGACGCUGCCGCCGAAUGCUAUGUGCCGCGGAUCCGGAGCGAUACGGAUAAGGCCUACGAGCUAGCCUCCCGGCUCGAGCUGAAGCUGCUGCAGUGCAAGGUGCAGGCACGGGCGGUGAUCACGCCGCUGGGCGACAUGCUCGAGGACAGCCGGUGGUUCAGCUCCCUGGGCCUGGAGCAGUCGAUCUUCAUGAGGUAUCGCAGCCUGUACAUCGGGUACGGAGGCCACUACUCGCCCUCGACGACACUGGGCCAGACGGAGACGGUGGACCUGUCGGCCAUCGGCUACUGCUGUCGCAUUUCGCCGCAGCAUGCCAUCAUUUUCUACGACGAGUUCUCCAAAUCGUACGAGCUGAUCAACUACUCGGAGUUCGGAACGGAGGUCAACGGGCAGGUGUACGCCUGCGACCUAACCGAUCGGACGCCCACCCAUGCUGGCAAGCGGAUGCGACCCGACGACGCCGAGCUGAAGCGGAGGGUGGACGAUCUGCUCGACAAGAGGCGUCACAUCCUCCGGCAGUUCGAGACCAAGCGGAGUGGCCAGAACAAACUUGCGCCCAUUGUGAAGCCCGCCUGCCGCUGUACGAAUGCGGGACCCGUGCCCAUGGUAGCCGGCGCCUGGGAGGGUUCUGCGGUUCUGGCCCACGGCAGCCUCCUGCGCUUCGGUUGCCUGUCCUUUGUGUUCUCGGUACCGUCGGUGGAUCUGCUACAGGCGCAGGCGCGCAAUAAACGGCUAACGUAGGAUCUGUGGCAUCAGCAGCAACAGCAUCAUCACCAUCCUCAGUUAGACCACCCAGUGGGGCAGCUAAUAGCCAGUAGCCAGUAGUAGCCAGGCCUUAGGGCUAGCAAUCAGCACACUCAUUUUAUCGCCACGAAGAUUAUGUUCACAUUUUAUGGAUCACACACAUCCCAGCCCAUCCUAGCAUUAAGUACAACUGCGAGGGAUCGGCACCAGGUAAUUUGCCCAGAAAGCCCUCCCUCCACCACAAUAAUUGUAAAAUUGUAAUUAUAAGGGAAAACCUUGAAAUAAAAUUGUAAAAA